GAAGGGAAUCGGGGGAGCAAAACAGAUUUUGAGGGUGUGGACAAUUGCGUAAUAGGGGCAUUUCAAGCUCUUUUCGUUUGUAGCCAUUGUGGUGAGCGGUUGGUGGAGCUUGAGUAUGUCUUCCCACAAGACUUUCAAGAUCAAGCGGUUUCUCGCUAAGAAGCAGAAGCAGAACCGGCCCAUCCCGCAAUGGAUCCGCAUGAAAACUGGCAAUAAAAUCAGGUACAACUCCAAAAGGAGACACUGGAGGAGGACCAAGCUCGGCCUGUAAAGA